GCUGGGCUGUGUUUACAGAGCGCUGCUCUCGAGGCGCGUGGCUGCUGAGGAUACCUGCAAACUUUGUGUUGUGAGGAAUGAUCGCCUGCUAUUUUGCACGAACUUGCAGUUUUAAAGAGGUUGACAGCUCGAACAGCGCGAUACCUUUCCAUUCUAAGGUGUGCUCUCAUCUCUUCUUCUGAAGCUUCACCACGGCCCUCACCUGCGUGCUCCACUGUUUCUCCUGUGAGUCGUCCUGGGCUGAGCGGCCCUUCCUGCUGCGCCCCCGCGCCGUCUCUCCCGCCACGGUCGCCAUGACGCGCUCCAAAACCUUUCAGGCCUACCUGCCCAACUGCCAUCGCACCUACAGCUGCAUUCACUGCCGAGCACACCUGGCCAACCAUGAUGAGCUCAUCUCAAAGUCUUUUCAAGGGAGUCAAGGCAGGGCCUACCUCUUCAACUCGGUGGUGAAUGUGGGCUGCGGCCCGGCAGAGGAGAGGGUACUGCUGACUGGUCUUCACGCGGUGGCCGAUAUCUACUGUGAGAACUGUAAAACCACUCUGGGCUGGAAAUACGAGCAUGCCUUCGAAAGCAGUCAGAAAUACAAGGAGGGCAAAUUCAUCAUCGAGCUGGCCCACAUGAUCAAGGACAAUGGGUGGGACUGAAAAGCCUGAACUCCCCACGGCCCAUAACGCUGGAAAGAGACAUGCAGCAUAUGAAUAAUUAGUUUCAUUAUCUGGCUGUAACUUCCUCCCUGGAAAUCUAUCUACCUGACACACACCUCUAAACCUUGAGGGUGUAAGGUUCAUAGCUGCAGCACUACCCAUUUCCUGUGUGUAUGUAUGAACGAAUGUGUGCCAGCUAGACACCAAGUGUUUCUAUUAUGUGUGAAUAUUUUCCUAUUCAAUUCAAGGGAGUGAUUGUGUGUGUGUGUGUGUUUGUGUGAACAAAUUGAUGCACAAAACGACGUUUGCUUUCCUCUGGGUUGGCCAUGGUCACAGUUUUUAUCCCACACUCAGGUUUAACUAAUGGCUGGAUCCAUGGUAAAGAAGGGUGAAAGACAAACCCAUUUAGCUCAUUUGAGGUGAAAACGUACUAAAACAGAAGUGUUGUCCGUUUGUUUCCCUUUUCUUUUGUGUCUUUAUUUCCUCUAGUUUUGUCAUUUUCACUCGCAUGUUGUUUAUUUAUACAUGUAUUUAUUGAUUGUUCGUUUUGGGACGUUACGUUUAUGGUAAACCGUAGCAACCACAGUGGUCUUACUUUGACCUCGUAUAGCGGAAGUAGCAAUGUACAUUUCCUCUCCAGAUUGUGAUCUCCUUUUGAAUGCGAUUAUGGAGUAAAUGAGGUCGCGGCACAGGUCGCGCACAUUAGCUAGAGCCAAGUCUUUAGCCCCAGCCACAGCUAAGAAAACUAAGCAGCUGUCAGCUUUGAAAGAGAACUGAGGCAAUGGUCGACCGAUAUAACAACAAUGCCGAUAUAUCGGCCGAUAUUUGGCAUUUUUCAAAUAUCGACAUCGGCCGAUGUGUUCGGGGCGGGACUUUUAUUUUUUACGGCGCUGAGAUUGCAGCGCCUGAACACACAGUGCUUACA